AUGGGGAUUUUGAAUAGCAGCAUUAGUGGAAAAUUUAGAACAGAGUACAAGGGGUGCACAAUAGCAGUAGGAGUAUCAGGAGACAAACACAGCAGAUAUGCUUUGAAAUGGGCUCUUGAAAAUCUUGUCACUAGUACCAACGAUGUUGUUGUCAAGCUUAUCCAUGUUACUCAAACAUCUCCAUCUCCGUCUCCUAAAGACUCCCCAGGGAACAGUCGUUUGAUCAAUGACGGGCAUGCUUUUGAUCCUAUUGAGGAAAUGUUACUUCCCUUUCGUUGCUAUUGUACACGCAAACGAGUACCAUUUGAGGUUGUUAUACUCAAGGAUCAUGAUGUAGCUAAGGCACUGAUCGAUUACAUUUCCCGCUAUGGCAUUGAGAAUAUUAUUCUUGGUGUUUCUUCCAAGAUUGGGUUUUCUAAGAGACUAUUCAAGACAUCAGAUAUUUCAAGUAGUGUGCAAAAGUUGGCAGCUGAUUUCUGCAAUGUAUAUAUCAUCAACAAAGGAAAGAUAUGGGCAGUGCGUGCUGCCCGCCGCCAGCUGCCUGCCCUGCCGGCCCUUCCAGAAGAAUUUAGUAAAAUGUAA